AAUGUCCAGGCCAAAAUUUGCGUAUAAAAGCGAGCGUUUCUGGUCGGUAAAUCAUAGUUUGAUUGAUUACCCCAAACCAACAAAACUAAGCACUCACCAUGAAGUACCUGAUCGCCUGUGUUACCCUGGCCCUGUUCGCCUACAUCAACGCCAGCCCAGUGUACGGCUGGCGUGGAGGUUAUGGUGGUGGCUACGGUGGUGUUCAGCGCGUCGUCUACGAGGAGGUGCCCGCCUACGGACCCUCCCGUGGCUACAACAGCUAUCCCCGCAGCCUGCGAUCGGAGGGUAAUGGAGGAAGUGCCGCUGCUGCCGCCGCCGCUUCCGCCUCUGCCGUGAAUCCCGGAACCUACAAACAGUACGCCAUUCCCUCGUACGAGUUGGAUGGCGCUCGCGGCUAUGAGAUCGGACAUGGCUACGGUCACCGUGCCUACUAAUUCCCGCUUCAUCGGCAGUGAAUUGAACUAUCGACUCCUUGCUCAAAUCCUCGAGUGGCUGUCAUGGCGAAACUCUGAGAAUCAGUGAAUAAAAGCAGCUUGAACGCAAUGGAAAAUACCGAAAAGAAA